GCAGCACGAAGGCUGCAGCUUGUUCAUCUCCGGGCGGGACCAUAGGAGCGGCUGGCACUACUGCAGCGCACGGUGUCGCUGCGCAUGAAGAUGCCGGAGAGGAUGACUUUGAUAUGCUUUUUGAGCAGGCGAGCCCUCCUGAUGGCGAGAAGAAUAGCACGCCAAAGGGACGAAGAACUUCUUCUGGAGGUAAGAUUGGAAAGAAGGCUGAUCUACUUUUGGAGGACGAAGAUGCGGCAACAGCGGCGAGGUCUACUUUUCCAGGAAUGGGCACCUCGUCCGCAACGUCGAAAGCUAAAACGAGCAGCAAGGCCUUAGUCUCCACGUCAACCAACACUACUUCCACACUAACGAUUUCCAAUCAACAACAUCCGCCACUACCCCAGUCCGACCAGGAAGCCAUUGUCGACCUGGCGUUUUUGCUCGUGAACAUUUUCCGGGAGCUCCGUCCCGGGCCCUGGCACAUCAAGGGCGCCCUGCGGAUUCCCGCCUGCGUGCUCGCGGCGAGCCAGCUGCGAUUCGGGCGGACGUUUUUGUCCCGUGCGAAGAUGAUGCAGUACGCGCAGCUCGGUUACAGCACGUUCAGCUCGCAGUGGCAGGCGGUGAAGCAGAUGCUGUUUACGGUGUCCGCCCCGCUGGCCUGGCAGCAAAUGGUGUACAAAAAGAAGACGAAAAAGACCUACGACUGCUUUCCCUCCGUCGCGAUGUUCUCGAUAAAGCACUUCGGCCGACUGCUCCAGUUCCACCGCCGGGUCGCGCGGUCCCACAACCUUCCUCUAGACGUCAUUCCCUGGCGUGAACGGUCGGGGAAGAAAGACCCCUUCAACAACAACCCGCGCGUCGCUGUGCUCAAAGACGGCACCGCGGUGGAGAUGCCGAAGAAAAAACGCGGCGCGGUGCAGCCCGCGGUGUUGCCGGUGGGGCAGGUGUGCGUGAAGACGAUCGCGGCGGCGUUGUUGGACGUGGCGGACAAAAACCAAGACGCGCAGAGGCAGUUCUACGUCGAGGAGUUGAUUCGGGAACAGAAGGUCCAAGCGGAGAAGCGGAAACAUGCGCAAAUCCAGGCUUUCUGGCAGAAGGCAGUGGGGGAAUACGGGAUAGUGGACGUGUCGGAAGAUGAAUCUUCAUCGUGUAGUUCUUCAUCAUCUACUUCCAACAGUGAAGAUGAACUAGAGUCAGAAAAGGACGAAAUGGACGAUGAAUAUGAAACUGCGAAACGUAGAAAAAAGGACUACGCAAGCAAAAGAGGACAUAAAAAGAAUAACUACAACACGGGUCGUCAAAGCGCUACAGCCUCGUCCACAUCUCCUGGGUGGAAGAAGCAGAAGAAGUUGAGUGGUAACCAAAACGAUCAGAAAAAGAAAGACGCGAAGCGUGCAGAGAAGAAACAGCUUGACCUCGGUCUCGAUCUCGUGAUGCACACAAGCGACGAGGAUAUCAUGGGUGACAGCGAAAGCGAAGAGGGUAAGCCGGCUCCGCCAAAAAUGCCGGUAGAAGCUGCGAAGCGGAACAAGCGACGGAGUGAGAACACCGGUUGGGGUUCGAAAACGUUGCGGGAGGAUUCUGACAAGCGGAAGAAUGAUGAUGCUCUCGGAGAACAAGAUGUUGUUGAUGGAGAAGUUUUUCAGCAUGCGACAAGUUUAUUCGCAGUCAAGGUUGAUAAUUUGCUACACCGACUGAAAGAACGGAGAAAAAAAGAGUGCGGGAUGUUUUUGACAAGGUUCAAUAAAAAUCGAGGACAGGAGCAGGUGGAGAAGCCGCAAAUAGAAGGUAGCAGCAUCCAGACGGCAACUAAACAACCGCUCUCGACGUCGUCUUCAUCUGUACGAGUGCGUACCGGAUCUCCCUCGAUUUCACAUCACAAGAGCAACAGCGUUCUGCCUUCUACUGCCAGCCACCGAGAGCCAGGUUUUCUAUCGAUGAUCCAGCAGUCAUCAUCGUCGGGACCACGGGGACCACUGCAGGACUAUGACCAAGCGCCGGACGAGAUGAAUGCCGGCAAUUUACUUCAUCGCGAAGUCCCGCAAUCAACCUCCAGGUCCAGCUUCGGAGUAGCAAGGCAGUUUGAAAUAAACGACCUGCAGCGACAGAACAAGCCUGUGGCAGACCCUUUGCUCGAGUCCUUCGGCUGUCCCCCCUUCCUGCGACGAAAUUUCGAACGACAAGCGAACGUCGAAACAAAUACAACGUUUGUUCCAACUACUUCUGCGGCACGCGGUUCAUCGUCAUCAUCAUCAAAAGCCCCUACUUGUUUUUCUGAAAGGGGAACGUUGCCAGUCAUGGAAGUAGGCGAAGGAAGAAAUAGACAACAUCUUAUUUCUUCUAAGAUGCCAUCCCUAGUGGACAUGGAUUCCGACUCUGACUUUGCGGCCUGUGAGGGAAAGAAACUGGAUGCGCAAGCACCUCUUUCAUCUUCACGUGUAGGAUCUAGCUCUUCCUCCAGUUCAUCAAGGCCACCAGCGCCACCCUUCCCCACCGUGCAGCUCUCGUCAAAGACACGAACGGAAGAGCAAGUGGCUCUGUGGCGGGCGAGGAAUCUGAACCUUCUGACGCCGGACAUGGAGAUGGCCAUGGUGAUGGAUGCUGUGUAUUGCCGGUUGCGCCGAAGUGUGUCGUCGUUCUUCGACCCGUUUCAUGGUGCGGUUUCUGUAACGAAGCAGAAAAUCGUCCCGCAGGAGGUAGAUCGCAGUGCUGGUGGUCCAAGCGACAGUGCAGAUUGCCAACCAAGCAACAGUGCAGCUGCUGGGGGCGCAAGAACAUUGAACAAGGAACCCUUCUUGAACAACAAGAUGGUGGCAAAAAGCGCGAGCACCACGACGCGUUUAUUUUCUGACGCUGAACAAAAGCGGCCACAGAUGACCCUAUCUUCUUCGACGUCCGUCACAAACGCUAAAGCAACCCUCUUCUUGGAGAACGACAACGACAAAGAACUCCUCCGGAAUGUGAUCAACGAAAUGAAGACAGGGGAGGAACUUCUUGCCUCCGCCACGCGGAAAACGAAGCGGAGGCGUGGACCAAAUCGGAAGUGCGACGACGGUGGAGUGGAAACGGAGAGCGGGGAUGAGGAAGGGAGAACUAGUACUAGUGUCGGUGAUGUCGGGAAAAAUAAACGCGAAAAUAAACUCCGUCCACUUCCUCGUUCGAGCAAGAGCUUUCUGAAAAACAAGGCGAACAAAGUUGGUACCUCCAGUUCAUGUUCAUCAUCCGCAGCCUCCGCAAAAGCCGUGCUGAAGCCACGAAAGUCUUUGCCUACCAGCUCUGCAAAAGGAAGACCUAAAGCCAAGCACGACUCUUCCGGCUUUUCAUCGAGCAAAGAUGGAAAUAAGGGGAGGAAGACCACAACAAGUACAAAAGGAAUUAAACUGCCGCUGGCCACUGCGGGCAACGCAAAACCAAAAAGUGCCACUGCUGCUUCUACUGUCACCAAGAAGGACAAAGCAGUCAAAAAGACGACAUCCAAGAAGGCAGUACCGAAAGCAAAGCACAAAGCGAGAAAAUCCUUGGCCAAAAGCAAGAAGAAAUAGCAGAAUGGCCAUUCGUGCUCGACAAAGAUCCGAGUUUUGCUUCGAUUUCCUCCAUUUGUGGCUUCUGAGAUGAGGAGAAACUUUUUUCUUCUACAAUAGGCGACAAAGUAGUAGUUUUCCUUUCUAUUCACAACCGAGUAAAAACCGUAAUGAACAACGACCAAACUGUAUCUGUAAAAAGUUAGUAGACGGCGCAAAGAUAGCCGAAGCGACAGUGUCUUCGUGUAAACAGAUCUAUGAAUAUCGAAUUGGG